ACUAUGAUAGCAGUUGGACUUGGUGUUGCAACUGUCGCAUUUGCAGGUCGUUAUGCUUUCCACCUUUGGAAACCAUUGGAGCAGGCAAUUACAGAGACAGCAAAGAGGAUUUCAACUUCCAGUCUUUCAUUGUACUAUAAAGGAGGAUUUGAACAGAAAAUGAGUAGGCGAGAAGCUAGUCUUAUUUUAGGUGUCAGUCCAUCUGCUGGCAAGGCCAAAAUCAGAACAGCCCAUAGAAGAAUCAUGAUUUUGAAUCAUCCUGAUAAAGGUGGAUCACCUUACUUAGCAACAAAAAUCAAUGAAGCAAAAGACUUGUUGGAAUCCACUGCCAAAAAUUGA